UUUGAAUAAGCCACUGCAAAAUCUAAGUAGUGGAAACAUGAGUCCUAUCAAAUACAUGCUUCAACAGCCAUUGGAAUGUGUACAAGAUAGUACUAAGAGGUAUGUAAAACGAAAAGCCUCAGAAGCAGUUUGUACAGUGCUUGACCAUAUUGCACCUGGACAGUCAUCAAAACUUCUUGAUCUACUUGUGGACGACAUCUGUAAUAACAAUGCUGUUGACAAGCAAAAUGAGAGCAAAGAUGAAUUGAUGAAUUUGAUAUUGAGAUUGUAUGAUGAAGCUGACAGUAAUGCAUUAAAAAUGCAAUUACUUUCAAUAAUAUCAACCACAUCAUUAAACAGCAAAUCUCAGCUGCUAGAAUUGAUACCUGGAAUAUCAAAAUGGAAAGUUGACCAGAGUAGAGCACAUGCAACACGCUUUGGUGUUGGGACAAUACAAACUGAAAAGACCCCAAACUACAGAAAUAAGAUGGAUCAGGAAAAACUGGAGCAUGCAAUGGAAUUUUUCUGGAUCCUAAUUUUAUACAAAUUUGUUCCUUUGGAAGUAAGGACUUACAUUUUGAUAAUGGAGAUGUCAUAA